AUGACCACCGACCUGCCCCCCGAGGUCCACUUCCCCCUGGACAAGCAGAUGCUCCCCGUCCCCGGCUCAAAGCAGCCCGGAUUCUCGUCCAUCUACAAGAGCGCCGCUCUCGCAGAAUACUCCACCAACUGCACCGUCUACGAAACCCUGCUGCGUGCAAAGGACGAAAACCUCAAGUCCGACGUCGCCGGUUGGAGACCCUGGAACCCCGUCACCAAGGACUUUGAAAAGCACUUCGAGUGGUACACCCACGAGGAGGUCGAGGAGGAGCGCACCGCCAUCGGCUCCGGCAUCGGCGCCCUCGCUCGCCAGGGCCGUCUCGGUGACGGCGUCGGCCAGACCGAAUUCACCGUCGGCAUCUGGACGCUCAACAGGCCCGAAUUCAUGAUCAUCGACUACUCCAACAUCGCCUACUCGCGCAGGACCGUCAGCCUCUACGAGACCUACGACGCCGCUUCCGCCCAGUACAUCAUCGAUCAUGCAGAGACGCGCAUCCUCUUCACCACCCCCAACCACGUCGGCGUCGUCCUCGCCGCAGCACAGGCCGGCAAGCUGCCCCUGCUCAAGGCCAUCGUCAUCCUCGACUCCUUCCGCCCCUCCAAGCAGGCCGUCAAGGCCGCCGUCCUCGACCCGCAACGCGACACCCUCGCAAAGGAGUGGGCAAAGACCUGCGGCAUCGAAAUCUUCAACUGGUUCGAGAUCCUCGACCUCGGUCGAAACAACAUCGCCGCCCACAUCCCGCCCAACGUCGACUCCAUCCACUCCUUCUGCUACACCUCGGGCACCACCGGCAACCCCAAGGCCGCCAUCAUCACCGCAGGCAUGGGCGGCUACGUCUCCACCGCCAUGGCCUUCCACAAGCGCGGCGCCUACACCCUCAUCUCCUACCUCCCCACCGCACACAUCUACGCGCGUCUCUGCGAGAUCGUCGCCGUCCGCACCGGAGGCAGCAUCGGCUACUUCUGCGGCGACACCACCCGCCUCCUCGAGGACAUGGCCAUCCUCAAGCCACAGAUGUUCCCCUCGGUGCCCCGCGUGCUCAACCGCAUCGCCGCACUCGUCCAGGCACAGGCCGCCGCUCCGGGCCUCAAGGGCGCGCUCCUCCGCAAGGCGCUCGCCGCCAAGAUCGCAAACCACGACCGCGACGGCACCCUCACACAUGCCCUCUACGACCGCCUCAUCUUCAGCAAGGUCCAGGCGCUGCUCGGCGGUCGCGUCGAGUACAUCGUCUCGGGGUCCGCCCCCAUUCGCGGCGAUGUGCUCAAGCUGCUUCGCGUCGUGCUGGCGUGCGACGUGCGCGAGGGUUACGGCCAGACCGAAAACUACGGCUUCUGCACCAUCAUGUCGCCCAACGACAUCUCGCUCGGCUCGGUGGGUGCCAUCUACCCCGGCAUGCAACUCAAGCUGCGCGACGUUCCGGACAUGGGCUACACCUCGGACGACAAGCCCUUCCCGCGCGGCGAGCUGCUCUGCAAGUCGCAGUGCACCUUCCCCGGAUACUACAAGGACGAGGCCAAGACCAAGGAGACGCUCACCGACGACGGCUUCCUCCGCACCGGCGACAUUGCGGCCAUCGACCAGUUUGGCCGCGUGCGCAUCGUCGACCGCGUCAAGUCGCUGCUCAAGCUCUCCCAGGGCGAGUACGUGGCCAUCGACAACCUCAGCGAGUUCUAUGGCCAGAACCCGCUGGCGGCGCAGCUCGUCGUGCAUGGCGACAGCUUCAGGGACUACCUCAUCGGAAUCUCGGUGCCUGAGCCCACGACGUUUGCACCCAUGGUGAGCAAGCUGCUUGGGCGCCAAAUCGCAGCCGAGAACAUCGCGGCGCUCGAGGAGGCCUGCAAAGACGAGCGCGUGGUGAACGCCUACCUCGAUGCCUACACCAAGAUCGCGCGCCAGAACAACCUCAAGGGCUACGAAUACAUCAAGGGCCUCCACCUCCGCAUGGAGCCCUUCUCGGUGGAGAAUGGCCUGCUGACGCCCACCUUCAAGGUGAAGCGCCACGAGGCGGUCAAGCACUUCAAGGACCAGAUCGAGGCCGUCUACGCAAAGGGCCCCAUCAACGUCUCGUCCGGCAGGGCCAAGCUGUGA